AUGGGACCUCGUGAUGUUGUUUACCUACAAACAAAUCCUGAAGGUUUCAUACAAGCUACAAGAAGUCAAAGAGAUAGGGAUAAAAAUCCUGAUAGGAUAUCAUUAGACCGGAGAGGAUUAACACAUUUGCCAAAUUUCGUGAGUGAAAAAAAUAUAAAAAUGUUAUCACUACAACACAAUUUAAUAAGUCGAAUCGACGGUUUGUCAAAUUUGGGAUUCAACAAACUCGUUUUUUUAGAUUUAUAUAAUAAUCAAGUUGAAAAUUUCUUGGGAAUCGAAUCCCUUGAAAAUUUAAAAAUUCUUUUAUUUGGAAAAAAUCGUUUGAAAAAAAUAAACGGUUUAAAAUCACUGACGAAAUUAGAAGUACUCGAUCUUCACGGUAAUCAAAUAAAUCAAAUAUCAUCAUUGAACACUUUGUCCGAAUUGAAAAUAUUAAAUUUGGCGGGUAAUCAAAUAAGAGUGAUUAACCAUAACGAUUUGGAUGGUUUGUCAUCGUUGAAAGAAUUAAAUUUAAAAAGGAAUCGUUUGAAAAAAAUAUACGGUUUAAACGGUGCUAAAAAUUUGGAAAAAUUAUUCGUUAGCAACAACGAAAUCUCUUGCAUCGAAGAUUUAAAUGGUGUAUGUAAGGCGUUAUCGUUGAAAGAAGUGACAAUCGAUGGAAAUCCAAUUUCAUCGAGUAACGAUUGCGUACAUUUUCUCGUGUCACAUCUAUCCAAUUUAAAAAUAAUAAGUCACAUACAAGUAACGGAACAAGUUAGAAGGAACGCAAUGCUUUGGCGAAAGAAUAGGGAAAAUUUGGUGAAAACGAUAGCAGAAGAAUCAUUGAAAACUGAUUCCAAUGACGGCGACACGGUCGCAAACAGUCGUAACGAAGUAAUAUCAAAUGCUAAAAAUAAUUGGGAAUCGUUAAUUAAUAAAACGAAACGUUUACCAAAUAGUUUUAUAUCGUCGUCAUUAAAAGAUCUUCGAAACGUCGUCGUCGAUUGUUGUAGUAACGAUUUGAUUUUUGAAAAAACUGUACAAAGUGAUUCUGUGUUAAGUGUUACGUCAUCAAUUUCUCUCUCGUCGAGACGUAGUGCAUCUUCGAUGAAACCUCAGGAAAAAAGAAAAUUUUUUGGAAAUAAACGAUCGUUAUCAGAAGAAACGUCAAAUACAGGAGACUCAAUACCGGAUUGUCCAGAGUAUUUUAAACUCCCACCCAUUCUUAAAUCUUUGGCUCCGGAUAAAUUAAAAGAAUUGAGUUCGACGAAUUCAGAUAUAUCUACCAAAUGUCAAUUGGGUAGAAAAAUGGAAGCAAAUAAUGAAGUAUCUGACGAAAGUGAAGAAAUCACCGGGGAUUUAAUGACGGACGACAGCGAAGAAGAAGAAGAAGAAAGGAAGGAUAAUAAUGUCAACACGAGGCAAUUGAAAAGUGCAAAUUUAACGAGAAAAUCCGAACCUAAAAAGGAUAGAUGUCACACGGCCAAAGCUAAAACUAAAUAUCAGGUUCCCGGAUCGUGUGGGAAAACGAGAGAACAAGGCGGUGACUACCUGAUUGAAAUAUGCGGAAGAUGUUUGAACGUUUACGGACAAGGUGCUCUAAGGUUUAUAGAUAGACCGUGGAAUCCAAUAAAAGCAGGAGACGUGACGACGGUUAAAUUCAAUUACGUUAGUUUCGGAGGGAUUUGUUUCGUUUUGAGUAAAUUAAAACAAAGGUUUCCAAAUGCGGAAAAUUUUGUAUUUCGGGAAACGAACAUAACGUAUUUAGGACAGUUGAACGCUCUCGCCGACGUACAGGGUUUACACUCUUUGCAAAUAGACAAAGAGGGAAAUCCGAUAACGGGAAAAAAUUGGAAAAAUUACGCCAUUUACAGAUUGGCUCAUUGGGGAUUGAAAAAAAUCAACGGAAUCGAAAUAACCGAGAGGGAUUUGGCACAAGUCGCGGCGGAAUAUCAAAGUCUCAGCGAUUUGGUCUUAUGGUCGCUACCUGAAAAUUUACUUCAACCUUUGCUCAGUCGUUUGAGAAUUGAUGGAACGCGAACGAAUCCACAACAAACGGCCAGACAGUGGUUGAUGAAUGCGGAUCCCGCAUUGAGAAGCGUCGUUUGCAAAGAAGCAUUGCAAUGGAGAAGAGGAACUCAAGAUGAUUUGCUCUGGAGGCAAAAGGGUAAAAAUCAUUUGAGUCACGUUAUCGAACUCACUUGUUCAGCCAUUGAAAAACUUCAAUUAUUGGAUUCAAGAUGGAGCACGAUAUUAAAUCAAAUGAUAAGGGAUACGUUGGUGGAUUUUUCACACAUGGAUUCUUACAUGAAAAAAUGUAUAAACGACCUUCAAAAACAGUAA